AUGUGCAGGCCACCGACCAAAGCGGGUCAGAAAAGACUGGCCGUGAGACCUCAGUCGAUGAUUGCGCAGAUCACUGAUUCUGAAGCCAGGAACAACAUCAAUGAUCCUGGGAGUGAGCUUGCUCCUGGGACUGUCGUGUUAUGUCCCGGUGCCGCCGGCCUAGCUCUCGGGGACAAAAAGACUCGUCUUGAUUCUCUCUCUAGGAAUGGCCCCGCACAAAUGCAUCGUGGCUCUGGCUAUAUAAUUGAGUGA